UUGACACAUCCUUUGCAUCAAACACUAAAUAAAAAAUAUUCCUGUUUCUCCCGCUCAAGCCUAUCACCCCUUUCCCUCCAAAACCAUACAGUCUCUCGCUGUUUCCUCCAUUAUCUCACCAGAUUUACAGGAGAAAAUAGAAAAGUAAAAAGCUUUGAGGAAUUGAGAUCCUAGAAUGGAGUCAGGUUCAGGGGAGGGUAUAAGCAUGGAUGACUACGAGACGUUGAUAUCAACUACAGAUGCGGAUCUGUUGAAGCGCUGUUGGCGUAACGAAAAGGCCGCCCCUGAGAUUCUUCAGUAUGAGUCUUCUUUAGUUCGCAGGACUGCUGAACAGAUCCAAUUGAUGGAAGAAACUGUGGAAGAUUUGAUGAAUAGUGGUGAAGAUCCACUUACUGUUUCCCUUUAUCAAAUGGAUAUUGACAGGACUUUAUUUCUAUUGAGAUCAUAUUUAAGGACCCGUCUUCAAAAGAUUGAGAAAUUCAUGCUUUACAUCCAAAAGACCGCGGAUCAAUGGACUAGACUGUCUAGUCAAGAACAGGACUAUGCAAAGGAUUCCAUUAAAAACUUGAGCCAGCAUUUUGAGCAAUCUGUUUUGUCAAAAUUGCCCGAUCGUUACAAGUCUCAUUUGAAGCAAUCUGAUAUAAGUGAAGAGGAUGACAUGGUCCCGGAGCCCAAGUUGGAUGCGUUCGUCAUCUGCAGAACUAGGAAAUUUUUAGGAGCUCUUCCAGUGGAUGACAGCGGAGAAGAAAACCCACUGGAUAUGUACGCAGGGGACAUAUAUGCCGUGCGGUACAAGCCAAUUAAACUACUAGUUGAAAGCGGCCAACUUGAUCUGGUUUGAUCUUGUGUGUAGUCUGAUGACAACUGUAUUUGGGUCUUUGGGGAUUAUGAAUCUCAAUGCAUUUCGGCAACUGUUUUCAUGACUUACCUCAAAUGUGUUAAUUUAUGUAAAACCUAAUGAAACAUCCUUCAGCAUUUUCUAGUUGGUGAUGAUAGUAAGCAAGUUUUAAUA